AUGGCAGACCACGACACCACGGAGGCUAUUGACGUCAAGGACACGUCCCUCAACAGCUCUGUAUCUUCCAUCGGCCGCACACCUCCGACUGCGCUCAAAUUGGGCUCCAGCCCCAGCCCGGCAUCGUCCCACCGUUCGAGCUUCGCGGAGCACAUGCGAGGAACGCCCACAUCACCACGCGCGUCACGGCAGCCUUCGCUCACACAGCAAGCGCUACAAGACCUCCUCAACAACCCACCAACCAAGGGCGGUGAUCCAAAGUUCCAGGGACGCGAUUGGAAGACCGUCAGACUGGGAGAGAUUGUCGAUCCUGACCUGGUCAGGUUCGUCGAGUACGAUACCAGCGUUGAGGAUGCGACGAGCAUACUAGUCAAACAUGGCGCCCCCAAUGUCGUCCUCCUGCGCGAAGACGCCAACACACGGCAUGCGACCGGGACCUUCGAUUACAGCGACCUGAACGCGUACCUCCUCCUCGUAGUCGGCCUCGCGCACCCCGAAGAAGGCGACAUCGCCUCGUUCGACGAGCUUGCGCAGAAAGGAAGAGAAGGAAAACCCAUACCGCUCAAAGACGUAAAAGAGGUUGGUGGCAGGAAGGAGCCGUUGAUUACUCUCGACGAGACAACGGAUCUGUCCAAGGCCAUGGAAGUCUUCGGAAGCGGCGUACAUAGAGUGUUGGUCGCAGAAGAAGGCACAUCGAACGUCAAGGGCAUACUUACCCAGCUAAGACUGGUGCAAUUCUUCUGGGAGAACCGAUCGAGCUUCCCAGGCGUAAACCAGCUGUACCCACAGCUGAUCAAAGACCUGAAUCUUGGAUCCAAGACCGUUCUAGCCAUCAAUGGAGAUAAGCCACUUGCAGCGGCUCUGGAGCUCAUGAACAACGAAGGCGUGUCGUCACUCCCAGUCUUGGACGCGCAAAACAACGUUAUCGGCAACAUAUCCCAUGUGGAUGUUCGGCUAGUUCAUAGCUCUUGA